AUGGCAGAGGACGGGCCGCCGAAGCAGCAGCUGGACAUGCCUCUGGUUCUAGACCAGGACCUGACCAAGCAGAUGCGGCUCCGAGUGGAGAGCCUGAAACAGCGUGGGGAGAAGCGGCAGGAUGGUGAGAAGCUGCUCCGGCCGGCCGAGUCUGUGUACCGUCUCGACUUCAUCCAGCAACAGAAGCUGCAGUUUGACCGCUGGGAUGUGGUCCUGGAUAAGCCGGGCAAGGUCACCAUCACGGGCACCUCGCAGAACUGGACGCCUGACCUCACCAACCUCAUGACGCGCCAGCUGCUGGACCCUGCUGCCAUCUUCUGGCGCAAGGAAGACUCCGACGUCAUGGAUUGGAAUGAGGCCGAUGCCCUGGAAUUUGGGGAGCGCCUGUCUGACCUGGCCAAAAUCCGCAAGGUCAUGUAUUUCCUUAUUACCUUUGGCGAGGGCGUAGAGCCCGCCAACCUCAAGGCCUCUGUGGUGUUCAACCAGCUCUGA